GAUCGCAGUUCAGUCUUCGUCGAGGACUCGACGAGUCAUGGAAACCUGCCGAAAAUCGGUAGCCACGGUGCUACUAUUAUUGAUUUACUUGCUAACUUUACGAAUCGAUGACGCAGUCGCCGGACGCAACGACACGAGGGUCGAAAAUAAUCCUAAAAUUAUUCUGGAAGAAUUGACUAUCAGCGGAAGCGGCAAUAACACUCGCUUAACAGUGGACGCGGUGGCGCAAGAUGCUGCGACAAUUGGUGAUCGCAUACUCUCGCUUCUAUCUAAGCGCGAGAUACAGUCAAGCGGACAUUCAAAGCAGACAUCAUCGAAUUUAGAUCAGGAUGCAGCACAAUCGCACAUUGUGACCGACGUGAACGACGAGGACGAUCUGGAAAGGCUGAAGCACGUAAUCGCGAAAUACGAGCCGCAAAGGAUCAUAUCGAGAAAAACCAAGAGAAAAAUCGUCAACGGUGCUCACGAUGUACUACACGACAAGGCCGCAGGGUCAACAACGGAUCUUGAGAGGGCUUAUGACGAAGUGCUGCGAAAUAUAUCGCAAAGGGCGCCCGAAUUAAUAUCUAGCAACGUUGACGCGACAUUGAAUCCUUAUUUGUCCCAGGCAAGGAAGAAUCUGAGAGAAAUUUACAUUUCAGAAGCAAAGAUUCUCCCUCCAAAGGACGACAAAGAGCAAAAAUCACGUCCCGAUACUGAUCCUUCGUCACCCACCCUAAAAGAGAAGAAGACUAAGAAAUUACUUAAAAAGUAUUUGCAAUUAAAUCGCACCGUUACAAUUCCUCGGAGUUCAUCGGAAGAAUCAAGACUUAACAAAAAAAUUGCUGACAGUAACGAAUCAAGCACGCCUGAAAGAUAUUCUGAAAUUCCCAAUGAAGGCCAACCGAAGCCAAAAAAUGAAUCACUGUCCAUAAAAUCAUCAUCAAACAUUUAUUCCGAAUCGACGAAAAAACCUGAAAAUCGUCGCGAAUGGAACACUCAAGAUUCUUCGGUUCAAACCGUAUCUCCAUCUAUCCCACAAUCAAACAAUAAUAAUUCAUACAAUGCUUUCAACGUAAAUAACUUGAAUAAUUUGAACUUUCCGAGUGAUGCAAAUACCAUUCAGUCGAGAUAUAACAGGAUGCCGAGACCAUUCUCCGUAUUGCGAUCGCCCGAUUCACCUGUCACCGAGAUACCGUAUGGAAAGCCAAGUUCCUCACCAACGAGUUUCAAUCGCCAACAGGUUGCUCGUUCCUCCGCAAACGUUCUUCCGCUGAUUCUUCCAACAGAGACUCUUUUCACGCCUUCGACACGUCGUUACGUCGCGAUAAAUCUCCUCAAACCUGAAGGAGAUUCCACAACGCACGUCAACGCCGAGGCGAGUCCGUCAGCAAAUUCCGCGAGCGAGAGAACCGCCUUUGCAGAUCACGAUGUACCUUAUACAGGUGUAAUCGGCACGAAAAGUCCUCUGAUUACUGUCAACAAUCAGCGAAGAAUAUCCACCUCGGAUUAUUAUGCUAUUACGGAGAAUCCUGCGGAACAAAUAGCUACAAAAACGGAUUCCGCGAGGCUGAUUCAUAUUCCAAGUCAAACAUCCACUUCGUACACUCUUCAGCAAGAGAAGAAUCCUCAACUCAUUCGCAGGGAUGGAUUUCUACCUAGAAUCACCUCUUAUAAUGAUCCCAAGGAUGAAAAAGGAUCUAAUUUAAAUUCAAAUGCCGGACUCGCGUUGUAUAAUAAAUUCGGGGACAUAUAUUCAGUUAAUGAACCUAAUGUAUUUAAUGUACCGAGAACAGUCACGCAAAAUUAUCAAAACUUUGGACAACCAGUGCAAUCUUUGCACGCGGUAACCUCGCAACACGUUUCUACUCCUCUUUACGCAACUUCGAAACCUAUUUCUACUCCGUUGCUAAAAGUCCGACCGAUUGCUUCCGUUAAACCUGCUCUCGCGCCAUAUUACAAUAGCGGACUCGUUUCGCAAAGAACAGAAGAAAAGGAGCUUAAUAAGAAUAAAAAAAACGCAGAAAAUAUCGAAAUAAAUGAGUCUCGUGCCGCAGACGUAGAUGAGAGUAACACGGAAGCUUCUGAUAAUAACAAUUUUGAAAAUCAUAAAGCUCAGAUUAAUGACAGAACUCAUAAGAAAUACAAGACAUCGAAUGAACGCGAAAGGGAGGAUCGCGAAGAAGAAGACAGGGAAGAUCGUUAUCAACAACCAAAACGCAAUUAUGGCUAUCAGGAUAAAUAUUAUGAAGAUGAUAAAGAUAAUAAAGACGAUAAAAAUAAUGAUAAACCCGAAAAAUAUAAUAUUCGACAUAAAGAUAACAAAAAUGAAGAAGAAGAUGUCGAUGAAACGCAAGAGGACGAAUAUGUCAAUACUGAAAAAAAUGAAGACCAGCCUAAUCAUGGUCAUCGUUAUCAAUAUAAUAAACGUAAAUAUGACAGAGAUGACUCUGAAGAAGAAGAGCGUGACAAACAACAUUACGAUCGUAAGAAAUAUGAUAAAGAAAAUAAUCGUCGCAAUGAACAUGAUCAUGAGACUGACGUUAAGGAUAAAUUCCCAAGUGUCAAUAAAUACUUUGACGAUAAAUUUCCGCGAUAUAGCGAAUACGAAUCUCGCGAACCUGACGAGAAAUAUCGCGAACGCUACGAUCGAAAGAAACUUCAUAAUAAGAAAGAUCGCGACGAUGAAGAUUCCGAAGAUGAGAGCGUUGACGAAGACAAAUUGAUUCCUCGACGCUCUAAGGAUGAACGUGCUCACAGACAACGUAAAGAAUACGAGAAGAAACAAAGCAAGGAUGAUAAAACGACGAAAAAGCGCAAGUAUCAUCAAGCUAUCCCCCAAAGAGAUUCACAUCACGAAGAGCAGAAACAUGAGGAAUACGGCGAAACUAAUCCUAAGCACGUUCACGAGGAACAUCGUCAUCUUCGACAGCAUGUCAAAGAUGAUGAUCGACUUGAUAGUGAAAAUGACAAAGACAGAACACGUGAUCACGAGCAUGGUGAAACUCAGGAACACGCGCAUAAACAUGAGGAACAUCAUGAGAAGAAGAAAGAUGGAGAAGAUCACGAAUUCGAGGAAGGCGGAGGCGCAGAACAUAAAGAAGAACAUCACGGACACGACGGAGAAAAGGGGCACAAAGGUUAUAAAGUCUGGCACGAGCAUGAGAAGACCGAAAAGGGGCAUCACGACAAAGAACAUGGUAGCAAGGAGUAUGAGGAGAAAGAUGGCGAGGAGAAGAAACACGAGGAGGAGGGCGGAUUUCAUAAAGAACAUCAUCGCGGUGAAGCCGGUAAGAAGUCAGCAGAGUUUGGCGAGAAGGGUGAACACAAGAAAGGGCACAGUACGCAUGGCGAGCAUUCGGUGCACAAAAAGGACGAAUACGAGAAGAAGACGGAAUUCUUCGAUGAAUUCCACGAGGACGGCGGCGUUGAAAAGCACGGCGAGCAUCAUCACGAGCACGAGUCGAAGAAGGGAGGUCACGAGAAGAAGGGCCAUCACGAUGCCGCUGAUCACGAGGAGAAAUUCGGCAAAAAGGAGAAGCACGAGAAAGGCGGUCAUCAUCAUGAGCAUAAGGGCCAUAAAAUUGACGAAGGUGAUGAUCAUCAUUACGAUCACGAUGAGAAGUACGGCAAAAAGGAGGGACAUGAGCAUGGGAAAAAGUGGAGCUUCAAGAAGGGCGACAACGGUGGUCACGCAGGUGACGGACAUAAUCGUUGAGAAGGACCUUAAUAAUAAUAAUGAACAGUUGGUUAGGUUUUGCAAUUAACGUGAUUGUUAGCGUGCUCGUGAUCUCUGAUAUUGUGGAACGGAUCAGUGUCCUGUGUGCCCGAAUUAUCGUUGACAUCGAUCACGUUUAAUUGAAACGUUACGUAUUAUACUUUAGAGAAGGAGACACGUCGCCUGUAUGAUAUCUUGUCGUUACCUAUAUUGAUCAUCUAAUAAUUGAGAUAUGGUAUAUAUUGUACAUGGCGGUCUUACAUCGUUAUCUAUGUAGUUUCAGUUAAACAGGAGCGAGAGGGAUGAUUGAAGAAAUAUCGCAGCGAACGCUAACUGAGGCGAAAGUAACUUGACCUUUGCGAGUUGUGUUUUCUGGAAACUCGUAUAAGAUAAAAUUAGUUAAGAUAAAAUUUUGUUUUUCCAAUUUACUUUCGUGUCGUUCGAAUGUCUCUCGCGCAUGAUUGAUAUUAAACCUAAGAUAAAAAUUUGAACAUUGUAAUUAAGGAAUUAUUCUAUAACAUGAUAAAUGAUUAUUAUUAAUGAUAACAUUAAAUGAUAAUUAUAGAUUAAUGAUGAUAUUAUGUAUAUCAUUUAAUAUAUUUUUUGCUGUCAUCAAA